AUGGAUUUACCAAAUGAGGUGUUGGUGUAUAUUUUUAAGUAUUUGCCAAAAUCAGACAGAAAAUCUGCAAGCGAAACAUGUCAAGCUUGGUAUUAUGCUGCUAAUUCUUAUAACUUUUUGAAAAAUAAAACGGUCAUACUAUAUAAAACAGAUUUGAAUGAUGACGCUUCACCCUUACAAACCUUUGAAAAUUCAAAUAUUAUUUAUGAGAGUUACAUAUUUAGUGAAGUAGAAAUAUCCAACAAAUUAAAUGACUUUUGGGAGAAAAAUGGUGAAAAUAUAAAAAGCUUAACACUACACAACUGUGAUAUUCGGGAAAAAGUUUUUAUAGACAUGUUACAAAAGUGCACAAACUUGGAGAUCCUGAAAAUUGAAAACUGUAAAGACUUGUUCAUGUCAGGAUGCCUCUUGGAAGGCAAGUCUGAAGGAUUACUCACUAACAGCUUAAAGAAACUAAAAUGUUUAAGUCUAUCUGGAAACCAGUAUUUAACAGAUGCUCUAUUCAGUAGAUUUGUCAAAACAGCACCAGAUUUGGAAGAGAUCAACCUAUCUGGGUGCUCACUGCAAUUUCAUUUGGGGUUAGUGAAGCGCUUCUAUCCAUCGGGAACAAAUAUUUUUGACAACCCAUCUGAGAGUGUACUCACAUUUUAUUUUGUUCAACAGUUUUUAGCCUUUAGGGCCAAGAACAUUAAGAGAUUGCUAUUUUCUAAUACAUUAAUAGAUGGUUCAGCUCUCAAAUUAUUAUCUGAGACGGAACACUUGAGAUUGCAAUACCUACAAGUGCACUCUUGUGAUCAACUUACAAAUGUUGGUAUUUCGUCACUAUCUGCCUAUCAAUUACAUUUGAAGGUUCUUGACAUUGGACUUUGCACGAGAGUCACUGACCAAUCUCUAGUAUAUAUUUGCAAAAAUCUAACUAACUUAGAAAGUUUGAAUAUUCAAAGAUGUAGAGCGGUAACCGAUUUGGGAAUAGCUGAGCUGCAAAAGUUAAAGAAACUUAAACAAUUAAAUAUAUCCCAGUGUGAACUCAUAACAAAGGAAGGUAUAGAAAAAGGAAUAUGUUCACAGGAAAACGCUAUAUUAGAGGAACUAGAUAUAAAUUCACUGAAUCUAGAUCAACAUGGGCUUACUAUGAUUUCUGAGAAAUUACCUAAUCUUCGUGUAUUGGAUGUAAGUUACUGUUUUAAUGCAGUUACAGACACUUCUAUACAAGUUAUUUUUAAAAAUCAAUUACUUUUGCAUACCUUGAGAUUGAGCCGCUCAGAUAAAGUAUCAGAUGGAGGCCUAACGGGCAUGGGCAAGGUUAGGACAGAGGGACAAGAGGAAAGCCCAGUUAUGUCAAAUUUCGAGAAUUCUAUCGCAAACAACAGGAUACAUCUUGGUUCGAGGGCUGAAGAAGAAAUAGUGCGUGAUGCGAAGAGAAAGCGGGAAGUGAUGCAUAUGUGUGAACAACUUUCAAUGGAUGUUUACAGUGGCUUCUCUCUAGCCAGCAUUAGGGGUCUGAAGGAGUUGAAUAUAAGCGACUGUAAUAGAGUUACAGAUGUUAGUCUAACGUACGCGUUUUCGUUAAAGGAAUUAGUGAAUCUAAACCUUAGCCGCUGUCAGCAGAUUACUCACGAAGGUAUAAAACAUCUAGUCAAAAAUUGUCCCAGCAUCGAACACAUAAACCUGACAGAUUGUUAUAAUUUGCAAGAUGACGCUAUUAUUGAGAUUGUUAAGGGCCUGCAACGUCUACAAAACUUGGAAUUGAGGGGCUGCAAUCAACUAACAGACAAGACUUUGGAGGGAAUUAUGACACACUGUAAGAAACUGAAAUUUCUCGAUGUUCUGGGCUGUUGGAACAUGUCUCCAGAACUUGCCUGCUCUCUCGGCGUCUUACCAACUCUGCACACCGUACUCUUUUCCAAACCGGGCCCCUAUAUUACCGAUAAGGUGAAGAACAGAUCACCGCCAUCUUUAUCGUUUCCCGCGCUCAUGCGAAAAUUACGUAUACACUAA